UAUUACAAUGGAAAACAUGAUAAUUAAUUAGAAAAGAUGUAAAAAAAUGCUUGUGAAUUGCAGGUAUCACUGCAGUUGUCAAGUAUUUCUUGAAGUACUACGUGUAUUUGAGGACAGCGUAAGCCAAUUAUAUACGUUAAUGUCGUGAAAGACGCGUAAAUUGAGUUCCGGAGAAGACCACGUUAACUUUGACUACCACUUCAUCACAACCCAAGUUCGUCGUCAUCACGUUCGAAGUUCUACUGUUAAACAUCUCGGGCAACUCAAGCCUCUUUAUCCCGCACCCUUCCUCGAUCCUGUGCAGGAUUCUAUAAGAUGCCUGCUGAACACAACACAUCCCGAGGGUCCAGCAACAACUCAACAUCAAAUUCCGCUGAGACUUCGUCCUCUACCAUAUGGCCGAUGUCAGAGUUGGCUGCUCAAACUCCAUUCAGCAUUGCUGGUGUGGAGAGUCCAAACACAAUCCUGAAUCGGUUGGAUGGCUUUGGAUCGCGUCUGAAAAUUUGUGGUUGCUUCAGACAAAUCAUGCAGAAAAACAACCCACUGCCUCCCACCCCCACCAGGAGUGAUCGUCUCAAAUAUGCCUUCACCUGCCCACCUCACGGGAUGGUGGGAGCUGUGGUGACGCUAGUAGCUCUGUACUUCCUAGCUUGGGGUUCGCUAUACUCCAUCACUGGCAACUUCGCUCUUCCAGGCGGCACUCUCUUCUCUCUCCUCAUUGUCUUCAUCUGCUCUACAAACGGCGGAAGAUUCACUCAGCUGUACGGGUUGCCAGCAUUCCCGGGGAUGUUGUUUGCGGGCUUUCUACUGGCCAACAUCCCAGGCGUCAGGAUCAUCGGGGACAGCAUCGAACCCAACUGGCACCUCGCUGUCAGGAACUUUUCGCUGGUGGUGAUCUUAACCCGGGCCGGGCUAUAUUUGGAACCUAAAGUCCUCAAGACGAUGUAUCUAGCGGUCACCAGACUCGCCUUCGUGCCCUGUCUCGUCGAGACCUUCGUCGUUGCCAUCGUCGCGCACUUCCUCCUCGGCUUACCGUGGCUCUGGGGCUUCAUGCUCGGAUUCGUUGUGGCGCCGGUGUCGCCGGCUGUGAUGGUACCGUGCAUGCUGGUGCUGGCGCGCCUGGGCUACGAAAAACGUAUUUUGUCCUUCGUCACCGCCACGACCAUCGUCGAGGAUGUGUUUGCCAUCGCGUGCUCCAAUAUACUACUAGGUGUUAUUUUUUCUGGGGGUUCGUUAUCGAAGCUAAUCCUGCAUGGACCUCUGGAGGUGUUGAUAGCAUUGACCUAUGGAGUCGUGAUGGGUUUCGUCUGUUGGAUCCUGCCCAACAAACAACACCCGGGCGGCUCUGUGGUUCAGUACCUCGUGCUGCUCACCGCUGGGCUCGUGGCACUCUUCGGGAGUAGCAGGACUGAAUUUGGUGGCGCUGGAGCGCUGGCGGUGGUUGUCUUGGGGUUCGUGGCAGGAGAAGGGUACCGACGGCAAGGCUGGGGUGACGUCAUCCCAGUGAUGCAGCAUUUCAGUUUUACUUGGGACUAUUGCCAGCCCAUGAUCGUUGCCCUCGUCGGCAGCAAAGUACGGUUUAAUGAGAUGGAGCAAGGCACCAUAUGGCUGGGGGUUGCCCUGUUGUGCAUCAGCCUGACGUGUCGCGUGGUGACGACCUUCUUCGUGGUGCUCGGCAGCGGCUUUAACAUCAGGGAGCGAUUCUUCGUCGCCCUCGCCUGGCUAGCCAAGGCCAACGUCCAGGCAGUGAUCAACUCGACAGCUCUGGAGUACGCUGUGAGCAUCGGGGCUAACGAGAGCGAUGUCUUCCUUGCUAAGCAGGUGCAGACCAUCGCGCUGCUGGUUAUCCUGAUAUCGUCUCCCCUCGGCUCCAGCGCGACCAUGUGCUCCGCUUCACGGCUCGUGCAGCGCCAAAACUCCUGCAGUGAACCUGCGGCCUCUGAGCCCGUCUGAUCAACCGGUGUUCUGCAUAGAAGCUACAUAUCUUGCCUUAUUUAAUGCUCAAUGUUUACUUUUAUUCUGGGUUUAUUUAAUUUUCAAUUCGUCAUUGGCUAAUUCUACAUGGCCAAAUUUCAUUCUUUCGUGGGUCGAAUAAGAAUUCAGUAGUUCCCUAUCUAAUGCACAUAAUUGAAAUUCGGAAUAACGAAAAUUUUCUAAAAAUUGAUGGUAUGCUUUCAGAAUUUCAGAUACACUAUGAUUCAUAUGCUGAACUUACUAUCCCAUGUGAUUUGGUACAACAUUCGAUGUCAUAAAUUGAAAUAGUUUUUUAUUAAUGUUAAAGGUUAAGAUAUAGUUACUUAGAAGUUAAGUUAUUCGAUACACUGUUAAAUGUUAUUGUACAUUGUCUGAAUUACUGUGACUGCUCUUUGUCCUCCUUUGUAGGGGCUAUUAAACUCCCCUUUGAAUUA